UUUCCAAAAUGGCAAUGUGAGGCUCUAAGUUGCCCAAGAUAAACAUGGCCCAUACAAGACUUUUGUGCUAGCUAGAGAAUGAAGAAAAAGUUACAGAAUGACCAUGAACAAGAACUUGAAAUCCUCAAGGCUGUGGCACAAGCCUGGCAGAGCCACUCCGGCAGCUCUAGGCCCAUGACGGAGUUUGACGCGCGCCGGAGAAACUACAAGGGCAGGUUACCGUCUCGGUUCAAGCUCGAAGCAAUGAGAAAAGCAGCAUCAUCUAGUGAGAGUGGUACUAAUGCAAAAUGGGACUUUGGACAGUCACUGUGGGAUGCUUAUGAGAUUGUGGCAGUGUCCAAAAGCCUUACUGCUAUUGCUAAUGUGAGAUUCAUUUAUUGGGUGCAUUAUGCACAUAACUUUUGACACUGGAGUUGCACAACAAAAGAAGAAGAGUAUGAAUAUGUAUGUGCUUUUUCUUUCUGUUUGAAGCGACUUUCAUCUCCAUGUGCUAUGCUGCAGAUAAAAUUCUUGUAUCACUAAUGCUUAAAGAAUCAUUAUGGUUAGUUUCUUAUCUAUA